AUGGCUCCCAAGGUCCCUCCCCAAGGUGUUUGGGCCCCCGCCGUGACGCUCUUCAACCCCGAGACCGACGAGCUGGACCUCGAGGCUCAGGCAAAGUACUACUCCUACCUCUCCAAGACGGGCCUCGCCGGUCUGGUCAUCCUCGGCACCAAUGCUGAGGCGUUCCUCCUCACCCGCGAGGAGCGCAAGGCCCUGAUCGCCACCGCCCGCAAGGCCACCGGCCCCAACUUCCCCAUCAUGGCCGGCUGCGGAGCCCACUCCACCAAGCAGGUCCUCGAGCUCCUCUCCGACGCCGCCGAGGCCGGCGCCGACUCCGCGCUCGUCCUGCCCCCGGCCUACUUCGGCAAGCAGACCACCCCGGCCGUCAUCGACCGCUUCUUCGACGACGUCGCCUCCAAGUCGCCGCUGCCCAUCGUCAUCUAUAACUUCCCCAUCGUCUGCAACGGCAUCGACCUGGACAGCGCCACCAUCGCAAAGUACGCCAAGAAGUACGACAACAUCGUCGGUGUCAAGCUCACCUGCGGUGCCGUCGCCAAGAUCGUCCGUCUCUCCGCGGAGCUCUCACCCGAGAAGUUCGCCACGUACGGCGGCCAGUCCGAUUUCCUCCUCGGCGGUCUCACCGUCGGCAGCGCGGGCUGCAUCGCUGCCUUCGCCAACGUCUUCCCCAGGGUGACGACCAAGAUCUACAAGCUGCACGCUGAGGGCAAGUCAACGGAGGCGCUGGCCCUGCACCAGAAGGCCGCCCUUGCCGAGCAGGCGACGAAGGCCGGUAUUGCGACUAUCAAGUACGCCGCCUCGGUGUUCACGGCGCCGAGGGCCGGCCUGGCGGGCCAGGAGAAGCUUUUCGACCCCCGCAGGCCGUACGUCCCCGCUAGCGAGGACCAAAAGAAGGCUGUGCACAGCUUGAUGAGCGAGCUGAACAAGCUCGAGGAGGAGCUUGCGGCAUCCAGCUGA